AUGCCUGCCAUCAACAAGGCAUGCGAAGCCUGCUUCGAGGGCAAGAAGGAGAAAUGCUCCAUGUACCAGCCUUGUGAUCAUUGCAUCAGGAUCAAUAUCGCUUGCAAGGUCAACACCCACAGGCACCGCAAGAUCUUGGCUUGCAAGCGUUGCCGGCGUCGGGGUGACAGGUGCGAUUUCCAGCAGCCUUGUCAGUACUGCUCUGAGGCAGACGAAGAGUGCGUCUACUACGACAGUGACGAGUCAAUCGACAGGGGCGAUUCGGACGUCGGCAAGACAUCGACGAAGAGGCACAAGGCGCCCAUGUCGAAGAAGAGUUUGAAGGAGACGUCCAAGAGGAGGAAGCUGGACGUGGGGCACGGCACAGCGGAUGAUGGCCAACUGGACUCGGAGGACAAGCACAGGACGCAACCCUCCACCAAGAUCAACGACGACGUGGCCUGGUGGCGGUUUCGAUCUUACAGUGCCAGCGCCGCUGCGGGGACCUGGCCCCUACAGAGCAGCGCGAGGGCUAACCGGGGUAGCGCUGACUCGCCCCCUGCUCCCAGCAAGCCUGCUGAUGCCGCAGCUCCCUCUGCUGUUUCGCGGGUACCCUCGCCUCCACAGGCGUCCUCGCCGCUUUCUUCCGCCCCCGCGACCCCCACUCCUGUGCGACCAAGCUCGAUCUUACCACACGAAAGGAGAAGGCUUUACGCCCUGCCAAUCCCACCCAUCAUCAUGGCUAAACCCGAUAGCAAGUGGACUAUGGAACUGCUGGGCGACUUGCUCGAUGAGGUACAUGACCCUCGGCAGCGCCGCACAUGGUCGCGUCCUCUCCAAGACCCGGGCUUGAAUUGGACCAGAGCCCAUAUGGUCGACACCAUUGCUUUCGCCAAGUAUGUGGUCCCCGCACCGAAAACCCUUAUCGAGGUGUCGCGUGCCGUUCCAACGUGGAAUGGGACCACUCUGCGGUUCGCACACUUGGCGGGUGGCGAGGCGGUACCAAUUGCAGCGCUGGAGGGCAAGCCGUGGCGGCAGAUGGUGACCCUUCUCCUGUUUACCGACGUCUGCGACGACAUUCACUUCAUGGUCUGUUUCAUCUACGGUCCAGCUCGGCUUGUUUAUUGGUUCGACCCCUCCGCGACACAUGGCAAGGAUGCGGCCCGGGACGAGUUCUUCAAGCAGUUCAAGCUCCAAUUGUUGUUCGACAAGGCUCAGAACAACUGCGCCGUUGAGGAAAGCCCGAACGACUGGACGCUUCUGAGCGGCCACGACCUCGACUUUCCCAGGCACGCCGACCUCCACAAUCCUCCCGACCGUGUUCCCUGCGCCCUGCUCGUAUGUGCCUUCUCCAUACUGGUUCUCCAGGAGAUCACACCUACUUGGAGCGCUCUCGGUCUGGCGGCGGGCACGCUGCUGUACUCCGACCUGGAAGCUCUUGGACGCUCUCUAAUUUCAAUGGUGUUGGCCGGCAUGUGCGUCCACAGCUCCCACCCGCAAACUCCUCGAACAGAAAAACGUUUGCGCCUGGCGUGCGACAGAAUCCUAUGCCAGCGCCCCAUGAGAGCACCUGCCGCCGACAGGGAGUAG